CGCAGCUUGGUACUUGGUUUCUAAAAUCUGAACUGUUUCGAAGGAAAUGUUUGAGAAUGUAUAAUUUUUGAUAAAUUUCGAUGACAGUUCCUCGGUUUUUAGUGAGUGGCGAAUCGAGUUUCUAAUCUCCGAAAAUGGCUUCGAGCGAAGGAGUUCCUCCAGCACUUCCUGGAUAUCCGCCAGGAACACCAAAUAUGGGAUCGACUUUUGGGCCACCGAUUCUUCCCACAGCUCCAUUUAUUCCUCCACCGGGUUUACCGCCAGGACCUCCGGGGAUGAUGCCUCCGCAAUUUUCCAUUCCCCCACCCGGAUUUGGUUUUCCGAUGGGUGCUGCUCCUCAACCGGAACCUGUUGUUAUUGCUGCUGCUCCACAAAUUACGGCCCCGGGAGUUCCGCCACCGGCUCCAACUUCAAGUGAAGUAAAGUCAGUGACAGCCGGAUUGGAGAAAAAAUGCGAUUGGUCGGAGCACAAAGCCCCAGAUGGUCGUACAUAUUAUUACAACAGUGUAACAAAACAGUCCUUGUGGGAGAAACCUGACGAAUUGAAGACGCAGAGCGAACUUCUUUUAUCGCAGUGUCCUUGGAAAGAGUACAAAUCGGAAAAUGGCAAGGUUUAUUAUCACAAUGUGUCGACAAAGGAAUCGAGGUGGUCGAUUCCUGCGGAAUUAGAGGAACUGAAGACCAGAAUUGUUGCCGAGGAAGCUGCAGCUGCUGCAGGAGGUGCUGUCGCCAGCGUCACGAAUUCUGUACCAAUGGCGCAACACAUGUCGCCGAAUAUCACGACUCUCUCGCAAACAAGUACUCCGGAACCUGGCGGGAAAUCGGCGAUAGAACAAGCGAUGGCAGCGACUCUCGCAGCAAUAAAUAUUCCAACUCCUCCGACGAAACAAGCUGAUGACGAUAGUAAUUCGGCGAAGGAUUCGGCAAAUGGAAGUCGCACCAGCACUCCGGAACCGAAAAUGCAGUUUAAGGAUAAGAAGGAGGCGAUUGAAGCUUUCAAGGAGCUUCUAAAAGAAAAGGAAGUUCCUUCAAAUGCGACCUGGGAGCAGGCGGUGAAGAUGAUUCAAAAUGAUCCCAGGUAUCCGCAGAUGAAGAAGCUGAAUGAACGGAAGCAGGCCUUUAAUGCAUACAAAACUCAGAGAUUAAAGGAGGAACGCGAACAAGAGAGGCUUCGAUUGAAGAAAGCGAAAGAAGACUUGGAAGCUUUUUUGCUGGAACCGGACCGAAUGUCGAGUACGACCAAGUAUUACAAAUGCGAGGAAAUGUAUGGAAAUUUGGAGGUUUGGAGAUCAGUGGGCGAUUCGGAUAGAAGAGAUAUUUACGAGGAUGUGGUGUUCAAUUUGGCGAAGCGUGAAAAAGAGGAGGCGAAGCUGCUGAAGAAGCGAAAUACGAAGCGACUCGCGCAAGUUUUAGACGCCAUGACGGACGUUACUUACAGAACAACUUGGCAGGAAGCUCAGGCAUUGCUUUUGCAGCAUUCUGCCUUCGCUGACGAUGCAGAUCUUCUGCAGAUGGAUAAGGAGGAUGCGCUUUUGGUCUAUGAAAAUCAUAUUCGACAAUUGGAAAAGGACGAGGAGGAGGAAAAAGAGAGGGAGAAGAAGAGGCGAAAAAGACAGGAGAGGAAGAAUCGAGACGGUUUUAUCAGCCUCCUGGACGAGCUACACGAGCAAGGAAAAUUAACAUCAAUGUCUCUUUGGGUGGAACUUUAUCCCAUGUUGUCCGCGGAUCUCCGAUUUUCCGCAAUGCUCGGCCAAUCAGGCUCGACUCCUCUCGAUCUGUUCAAAUUCUACGUAGCCGAUCUCAAGUCCAGGUUCCAUGACGAGAAGAAAAUAAUUCGCGAGAUUCUGAAAGACCGGAACUUCGAGGUCCAGGUGAACACGACCUUCGAAGAAUUCGCGACAGUCGUUUGCGAAGAUAGAAAAUCGGCAACCUUGGAUGCUGGAAAUGUCAAGCUCACCUAUAAUUCGCUUCUGGAAAAGGCGGAAGCGCGAGAAAAGGAGAGAGUGAAAGAGGAGACGCGAAAGUUUAAGAAACUCGAAUCAGGUUUCAAGAAUUUGCUCAAGACACUGGGUGUGGAUUAUCAAAUGUCGUGGGAGCACGUGAGGGCGAAAAUUGAGGAGGAAGUGGAUUUUAAGGCGAUUUCGCUGGAGAGUGAGAGAUUGAGAAUUUUUAAGGAGUAUCAGCACGAGUUGGAGGAGAGUUGUAGUCAUCAUCAUAUUAGGAGUCGGAAAAAGAAGAUGAAGAAGCCAAAAAGAAAGAGUCGAUCCAGAUCUCACAGUGACUCCGAAGGAAGGGAGACCCCCACAUAG